UUUGCAGAAACGGGUAGACGGGGUCAGCGAGAGGGCCUAAUCAGUUAAGCCCCGCUCUUUCCAUACCACCGUGGCCGUCCUCUCCAUGCAGUCGAAUCGUCCAAUCAGCUGUGACACGGAAAAGUGAACAGACGCUCGGAUAGGGUUGCUUUGCUGUAGCAGGCAACAAAGAAACAAACGCGACAUCGGGGUAGUUCGCUGUACACGUUCGUGGUGCGGUGGUCUAGAAGGAGAGCUUUUGCUCUAAAUAAAUUACUACGUGUCUGAAAUUACACAGUUGAUGUUUUAGAUUGAGGAUCUACCAGUUUUUACCCCAGAAACGACAGUUGCUUUGAAACAAGUUAACUUCCUGAAGGUUGUGGAUCUUUUGUUCUGGAUGAAUCUCCCCUGGAAGACUGAGAAGCUGAAUGGGGACUGGAGAGGAGUGUUCAUAAGCUCCAACGCCAUUAGAGGUCCCUUGGCUGUGUGACGCAGACGGACUGGGCGAGGUGUGACGUGAGCAGGCACACGUGUGUGUGUGUGUCUGUGUGUGUCUGUGUGUGUGUGUGCGCGCGCACGCGUCUGUGUUCAGGAGAAGGUUGGGCUGCCUUGAAGCUUAGUGUCUGAAGAAAAAGAAGCAAAACCAGAAUAAACACACACACACACACACAAACACACACACACACACACACACACACACACACACACAUAUACACACACAAGCUGCUUUGAUGAGGUAACAUCGGGCAGCGGAGGACAAACCUGCCCUAAGUAGCACCUUCCCUCCCCCCUUCCUCCCCUUCUCCCCUUCCUCCCCCUCCCCUGUCCUGUUCUUCAUCAUGGGUCAGAAGAUCUCAGGGAGCAUAAAGUCGGUGGACGUGCGCGGCGGCGAGCCGUCCUUCCGCCCGGUGCGCCGCGAGCUCCGCGGGCCCGACUUCUGCCGCCCGGCGCGGCUGGACCUGCUGCUGGACAUGCCGCCCGCGUCGCCCGACCUGCAGCUGCGACACUCCUGGAACCCGGACGACCGCUCGCUCAACAUCUUCAUCAAGGACGACGACCGGCUCACCUUCCACCGGCACCCCGUGGCGCAGAGCACCGACUGCAUCCGCGGCCGCGUCGGCUACACGCGCGGCCUCCACGCCUGGCGCGUCCACUGGCCCUCCCGCCAGCGCGGCACGCACGCCAUCGUCGGCGUCGCCACCGGCAACGCGCCGCUACACUCGGUGGGCUACAUGGCGCUGGUGGGCUGCGACGCCGAGUCCUGGGGCUGGGACCUGGGCCGCAACAAGCUCUACCACGACACCAAGAACCGGCCGCCCUCGCAGGCGCCCAGCUACCCGUGCUUCCUGGAGCCCGAGGAGGCCUUUGCGCUGCCCGACGGGCUCACCGUGGUGCUGGACAUGGACGAGGGCACGCUCAGCUUCAUGGUGGAUGGACAGUACCUGGGGGUGGCCUUCCGCGGCCUCAAGGGCAAGAAGCUCUACCCCAUUGUCAGCGCCGUGUGGGGGCACUGCGAGAUCACCAUGAGAUACAUCAACGGCCUGGAUCCGGAGCCUCUUCCUCUGAUGGACCUGUGUCGGCGGGCGGCCCGCCUGGCCUUGGGCCGGGAGCGGCUGCAGGAGAUCGAGACCUUGCCUCUACCGCAGUCCCUGAAGAAUUACCUCCAGUACCAGUGAGCCGGAUGAGACCAACUGGACCGCACCGCACCGCACCGCACCAGACAGACAGACAGACAGACAGACAGACAGACAGACAGGCAGGCAGACAGGCAGACAGACAGACAGACAGACUGACAGAGGAAGAGAGGGAGGCUGCCCCUCAGCCCCAUGGGAUAUGUUUACAUUCACGAGCCGCCACCGCCGCUCACCACUGGGACACCUGAGCGAGCGCCACUGUUGUUACUCAACUCGAGGAAGAGUUUUAUUCUCACUCUGUCUCUUUCUCGCUCUUUCUCUCUCCUUCUUCUACCUCCCUCUUCCUCUGUUUAUCUUUAGACUUUUUAAGUUAUUUGAUGGCUGUGACUUUGGGGAGGCGGGAGGGGGGGGGGGUGGUGUUUGCGUUACGACUUUGUGGCUGGUUGCCGUGGAGACGACUGAAGUGCUGUGGGGGUGGACAGGGGCGUGGGGGCGGUAUCUCGACCCGCACCCUAGGCAGGGAGAGACUGGAGUGGGUGUUAGCACGCUUCAGACAGCACACUAACCUUUGGAGGCCUUGUUUUCCGAGAAGAAGAAAGCCGAUCCAAAACCUCACCGUCCGAAACCGAAACCAAACCAAACCGAGAUGAACUGACCUGACCUGAAUUGAACUGAACUCUGUAUGGCGUCAGUAAUGGCUUGCAGUUCCUCAAGCCUCCACCAGAGGUGCUAUAGGACUCCUCUCUUCCCUUGCCAGCUCUUCUGGAGGGGAUUGGGCCGGAUCGGGCUGAACCGAGCCCAGCGGUCCAGCUCACCCGAGAUACACACCGCAGGCCUUCAGCUCCUCUACCCUGGCAGGAGCUGCAGUGGGACACACACACACACACACACUCACACUCACACACACGCAUACAUACUCAUG